UGACAGCACAAUGCAAAUGCAAUUGAAAUUCAAUUAUAGUGUAUUUAAUUAUGGGCAAGACUUUUUGGUUGGAGAAGUCUUCUCUCUUCUUUGCUCUGAAUUCAUUUCAUUUGAUUAGUUGAGCUACCUCAAGAGCUAGAUUUGUGGGAUGGAGAAAUUCAUCAAGGAUGAAGAUCAUCAUUUUCCGACACCAGAAACAAGCUCAGACAACACUGCAUCUUCCUUGUCUGAACCUCUCAGCCCCUUCUCCUCCCAAUCCGAUCAUCACUCUCCUGCCUUCUUCACUACUACUCCAAAUGAGGAGAUGAAGAAGCAGAAGAAGAAGAAACUGGAAAGGAAGAGCGCAAGUUUUGCUUACAGAAUUGGGGAACAUGUGAGGCUAGGGCACAAAUUGUCUGAAAUGGUGAAGGGGAAGCUGAGCGUUGGCGCGAAAAUCAUGAGGAAAGGGGGAAGAGGGAAUUUGUUCAGAGACAUAUUUGGAGUGAGUGAAUGCGAAGGAGAGAAACUGCUCAAGGCUUCGCAAUGCUAUCUGUCAACCACGCACGGCCCCAUCGCCGGAAUCCUCUUCGUCUCCACGAAGAAGAUCGCCUUCUGCAGUGAGAGAUCCAUUGCUACCACUCUCCAAUCUUCUUCUUCUGCUUCUCCUUCUUCUGUCGUUAAGGCUCCUUACAAGGUAUGCAUCCCGGUGAACAAGAUAAAAGGAGCAAAUCAAAGUGAGAAUGUCAAUAAUCCAGCGCAAAAAUACAUUCAAAUCGUGACGCACGAUAAUUACGAGUUUUGGUUUAUGGGAUUCCUUAGAUACGAGAAAGCUUGGAUUAAUCUUCAAAAAUCAAUUUCAUUUUCCACCUAGCUACAUCAUUACACCACAAAUUUUUGUAUUAGCUACUUAGAUUUAUGUAAUUCUAUUUCACUUCUGUAUAGUUGGCUACACUACUUUGUGUAAUCUUGUUUACAUAAUUUCAUCAAGGAAAAAAGAAAAUGUUAAAUAUUUCGAGCUAA